AUGCUAAGGACAUACGAAAUAAAGCUGAACCUGAGCAAGUGUCUGUUUGGCGCAAAGAGUGGCUGCUUCCUGGGCUACAUCAUCACCGAGCGAGACAUUGAAGCCAACCCAAGCAAGGUCAAAGCUUUACAAGAUAUGCCACCGCCUCAGAACUUGAAGGAAGCUCAGAGGCUGACCAGUCGGAUCACGACACUAUCCAGGUUCAUAUCCAAGUCGUUCGAUCGGAGCCUGCCGUUCUUCAAGAUGCUUCGUCGAGCCACCAAAUUCCAAUGGGACGCCGAGUGCGACCGGGCUCUAGAGGAGCUGAAGGAGUAUCUGAACUCGCUGUCUGUAUUAGCCAAGCCAAUUGUGGGUGAGCCACUGUGGAUUUAUUUGUCGUCCAAUGAACAUAUCGUUGGGUCAGCUUUUGUUAGGCAGAAUGGCCAGGAUCAGCAACCUUGCCCUGGGACGAGUCCUUCUCAACCCAGAGGCAUCGAGAAGGCUAAUCAAAUGGACGAUCGAGCUGAGCGAGUUCGACAUUCAGUAUCAUUGGUGAUCAAGGCUCAAGCUUUGGCAAAUUUCGUCAUAGAAGUCCAGAGUGACGAGCCGGUAACAAUAUGGAGGAUAUAUGUGGAUGACUCGUCCACACGGCAAGGUAGCGGGAUCGACAUAUUGCUUAUAUCACCGCGGGAGAAUUGGAUGCAGCUAUCCAUUCGACUGGACUACCGAGCCAUAAAUAACGAAGCAGAGUAUGAGACACUGAUAGCCAGCCUACAGGCAGCUCGACACAUGGGAGCAAUUAAAGUCCUCAUCCACUCGAACUCCCAGCUUGCCGCCCAACAAUUAUCCAGGACAUUCGAGAUCAGCAACGCUCAGCUAAGGCUUUAUGCAGAGGCUUUCGAGAAACUGAAGGUCAACUUUCAGGAGCCGAUCGAACAAGUCUCGCUUGUGGUGCACAUCAACUGGAUAGAGGGAAUAACCUUCCCGAACGACUGGAGGACGGCCCUGACAGAGUUCUUGCGGUCGGGAGUUACACCUGCCGAUCCGAAAGAAGCUCGCUUGCUGAAGAAGAGGGCCAGACAGUUCACCUUGAUCGGAGACCAGCUUUACAAGAGGGCCUUCUCCAGGCUCCUCCUCAAGUGCGUCAGAUCAGAGGGCAUCGAGUACAUCUUGAAGGAGGUGCACCAAGGCUUCUGCGGAGGUCAUCUGGGCGGCCGGGCAUUAGCCCGCAAGAUACUCCUGGCCGAGUAUUUCUGGCUAACCCUCCAAGAGGAUGCCGCUCAGACGAUGACCACCUGUUUGUCCUGCUAG